AUGCAUGCAAAAACGGAUUCAGAAGGAACGAGUAUUGAUGCGUCAUGGCCACCAAGGUCACCCAGGAGGCCUGUUUACUAUGUCCAGAGCCCCUCGAACCAUGACGUUGAGAAGAUGUCAUAUGGGUCAAGCCCCACAGCUUCACCAAUGCACCAUUAUUACCAUUGCUCUCCCAUUCACCAUUCCAGGGAGUCAUCUACGUCAAGGUUCUCGGCUUCUCUUAAGAACCCGAGGAGUCUUUCUGCUUGGAAGCAUGUGCGGAUUGGUCAUGUCGAUAAUGACGACGACGACGACGACGACGAUGAUGCAAUGGACGGUCGUAAUGGACGCAGGGCUACUAACGUCAGGCUUUAUCUUUGCCUCGUUUUCUUGUUUUUUGUGCUGUUUACGGUGUUCUCCUUGAUCUUGUGGGGUGCUAGCAAGAGUUACAAGCCUAAAAUCUUCGUUAAGCACAUAGCGUUCGAGAACUUAUAUUAUCAGGCAGGAACCGACCAGUCGGGGGUGCCAACUGAUAUGCUUUCACUUAACUCAACGGUCAUGAUUUCAUACAGAAAUCCAGCUACUUUCUAUGCCGUCCAUGUCACCUCUACCCCAUGGGAGCUUCACCAUUUCCAGCUCAAAAUUGCCUCUGGACAGAUGAAGAAGUUUACUCAAUCAAGAAAGAGUCAGCGGAAAGUGGUGACAAUUGUGCAAGGGAAUCAAGUUCCAUUAUAUGGUGGGAUACCGGUUCUUAUGAACUCCAGAGAGCACAUGGGCAGCUUAGCAGUGCCUCUGAACCUGACAUUUGUGAUGAGGUCAAGGGCCUACAUUUUGGGCAGACUGGUGAAGACCAAGUUCUAUGGCCGGUUCAGAUGCUCUGUCACACUCAGAGGAAACAAACUUGGGAAGGCCCUUAAUUUGACAGAUUCAUGUAUUUAUCAGUGAAUGCUCAUCUCCAUUUGUACGUAAACUUGUAGUAUUAGGCAUCUAACAUGACCAACCUGAGUUUUCACAUUUUUGCUUUUUGAAAUCUUAAUUUCCCAAGAAUUCCAGGUACUUAAAAUCUCUGAAUGAAUGCUCCUUUGAUGCUUUAAACUUUGGACUUGGAUGGUGAACUCUGAAUAUAUAGAUCCUAGUCUUUUGCAAUGUAAAUUUUGAGAUUUGCCGAAGAAACAAGAUGAAUUAUGUUCAUUUAUGAUUA